AUGCGCAUAUGCAUACAUACUGUACGUAGGUGGGCGCAUCAGACGGGACGGAAACAGGUCUGUGGUAGGUGUGAGGGUGUCGUCCCGUCUCGAGUGCCGUCUCGACUGAGGUGCUUGCCCCGGUUGGCUCCAGGGCUGCUGCCGCAGAUGGUACUCCGUCAAAUACUUGUACUACCCGAUACCAAUUGGCAACCCGCCGUCACCUCGCCUCGCCUCGCCUCGCCUCGACACGGCAGACGGGCGGCACUUCUCGUAACACGUAGCCUACAUGGCGCUCUCCGUGUCGAUGCCACCAUGGCACGAGGCAAGUACUUGGCCCCCCCGACAGGCACGAGUCUCUCUUCAACAGUGGACACACGUCCACGGCGGAACCACCACCCCCCCUGGUCCCGUCGCCACACCCACUUCAGGGACUGGACGCACGCACAUGGCAUGGAAUGGCACGGGAAGCUUGGAAGCCACACGGCCCGGGCGUCACCUUCUUGGGGUGGCUCGGGUGCUGCCGCUGGGACGCCUGGAGCAGUCGCGCAGAGGCCCGUCCACGGGUCCCUGGAGUGGACCCCCAGCCUCUCCGGGCUCUUCCCCUGCUCCACCAUCACGCCUGGAAGAACACCACCAGCAGCCUCACCUCGCCUCCCCGUCCGCUCUUCGUCAACAGGUCAGCCACGGGGAGGGGGGCAGAAUUUCGUCAAUGGAUUGUCCAUUGCCUGUCGCUGUGACGCCGAUCAAGGUUACGGACACUAUCAUUGCCGUACCUGCCCUGCCCUGCGAAAUUGGCCACGUCGGCCUCCCCCCGAGCAGAAUCAAUUGCGCUGCAGACUCCAUCUUCCAAUGCGAUGCAGCAGCACGCCGCAGGGUGAGCGCCGGGCUGCAGCCACCCACCUUCAGUGCCUACCCAACCGAGAGGCAGGCGUGCCUGGCGGCUGCGCUUGCGUGAGUGACCGUACGGCUCUCGCCCCUGGCAGCGUAGCACAGCGCGCACGCACGCACACGACUUGUCAUCGUCCAUGA